AGCCACACAUUUUCUUGAGGUGAACGUGUCCUCUUCUAAAGGGCUCUGCAUCAAGGCACUGAUGGAUUGCACGACUUUCGUUGUUACUAUUCACCCAACUAUCAGUCAACUCUCCAUGUAGAAUGCUUCUUUAGAAAUACUGUGAACACCACUAGAGGCUGAAUAAAACAGGAAAAUAAUAUGGGGAACUCAGGGAGCAUAUGGUGGAUUGUAGUGGAAUGCACUUGCAGGAUCCUUGGUGUUUCUACAGCAGCAGUGUUAUGUGCUGUGGGAGUGGAGACAGUCCAACAGGGAGAGUUCAACAGCCUUGGCAUCUACUUGAUAACAUCAUCUGUUGGCAUCAUGAUGUUUGAGUUGUCAUACUUCCUGGAUGCUCUACUGUCCAUGUGUUUACCCUGUCCUCCAAACUGGCAGGUGUUUGGCUUGUGGGGGAAGAUGGCUCGCAUUGGAGGCUUUCAUAAGUUCCUCUAUUACACUAUCAUGUCAGUGGUCUGCUUCUUGCACCCUGUGUUGGUUUGGCAUGCGAUCAUCCCAGGAUCAAUGCUUCUGGUGACUGCCUUUUUCAACUUCAUACUAAGCAAGAAAGCAAAGACCAAGUCUCCCAAGAGUCCACUAGAGCACAACAGUGACCAAGGCCAAACAAUUGUCUGCAAAACAGACAACGGCACAUCCUCAUUCUUCCAAGCAGUGACAGGAAGACAGGGAGAGGAAAUGGCCCUUGCAGACCCAGCUCACUGCCUUGAUCCACAGGAGAGGGGAGAGAGUCUCCAGGCCAUGCUGGAGCAUGAGCAAACAAUAGCACCUGCACACGCAGAAAGCAGGAGGAGGAGGUGGUGGAAAGAGAGGAUCUGGUUCAGAGGGGGGGAGGAGCCUGUGGAAAGGGAGAUGGAGGAGAUGAAUGAGCCCGAACCAGACACCACCUCAGACACUGCACCUAUGAUCACUGAAUGAACUGCUGCUCCACACUGAAAUAAUGCUCCUUUAUUGUAAAGUGAAACACAUGCAUAAUGUAUUCAUACUUGGUGCAAAAGUAGAAAAUAGCCAAAUAAAUGUGUUUUUAUGCUUUGGCAUUGAUAUGAUCACAUUGCUAAAAUCCAGAUUGUUAUCUUUCACAAUUAUUUACUAAUUUGUACAUUUUGCACUUCAAAAAUGUCUGAAAAUAUCUAAGAAUGAGCAUCAAAAUCAAUAAAAAUGAAACAAUUUGUCACUGGGAGAGCACGCAG